AUGAGCGAUAUGUUCUUUUUGGGGGGACCUUUGGAUUUGCGAGGAUUUCAAAUGAGAGGAAUUGGUCCGAGAGCUGAUGGGGAUGCUUUAGGAGCCGAAAUGUAUUGGUCCGCCGGGUUGCAUUUGUUCACUCCAUUACCUUUCCGGCCGGGUAAAGGUGGAUUUGGAGACAUUUUCCGCACGCAUUUCUUCGUGAAUGCGGGAAAUGUGGCGACUGAGAAAUCCGAGGAGAAAUAUGUCGAUCAAAUGAGCAAAAACGUCCGAUUAUCGACUGGAUUGGGAAUCGCGGUCCGCUUGGGGCAGAUGGCCCGAGUUGAAAUCAACUAUUGUUUUCCAAUUAAGUUUAGCGAUGGGGACCAAACCCAACCGGGGGUACAAUUCGGUAUCGGAUUGCAAUUUUCUUAA